AUGUGCGGUAGCGACGUCUUCCUCGGCUUGAUCGCCAUCCUCUUCCCACCUCUGGCUGUCUGGGUGAAGAGAGGCGUUUGCAGCGCCGACAGUCUCAUCAACAUUGCGCUAUGCUGUCUCGGCUUCCUCCCAGGUCUCCUUCACGCAUGGUACAUCAUCGCAGUCUACCCCGAACCAACCUAUGAAGAAGUGGCACAGCAGGACGCAGAGCGCGGCACAGUAACAUAUUACUACGUCCAACAAGGCGCACCACGAUACGGACCACAAGGCGGCCAGCAGGGAGAUUAUGGAACAGUCAACAGCACCACAAACUCCCAGUUCCCAGGCCAGCAGGCAGGGUUCGUCCAGCCACAGCAGCCGAAGACGAAGAAGCAAGCGACACACCCACACGCGAAUCGACCGCAAGCACCUGAGCCACAGAGCCUAGCAGGACCGAGUGGAGAAGUGCCACCGAGCUAUGCGCAGGCUGUAGCGGGUGAUCAUAAGGUGCAAGGACCUUGA